AUGGCUGACCCGAGCAGCGAUGGGGAGACGCCGGAGAGCGCGCGCGGCUUCGCCCGCCAGGGAGCCCUGCGCCAGAAGAACGUGCACGAAGUGAAGAACCACAAGUUCAUCGCGCGGUUCUUCAAACAGCCGACCUUCUGCAGCCACUGCACGGACUUCAUCUGGGGCUUCGGGAAGCAGGGAUUCCAGUGCCAAGUGUGCUGUUUUGUGGUCCAUAAACGCUGUCAUGAAUUCGUCACCUUUUCCUGCCCGGGUGCUGACAAAGGCCCAGCCUCCGAUGACCCUCGUAGUAAACACAGGUUUAAGGUUCACACCUACUCCAGCCCCACUUUCUGUGACCACUGUGGCUCGCUUCUCUACGGGCUGAUACACCAGGGCAUGAAAUGUGACCACUGUAUGAUGAACAUCCAUAAGCGGUGUGUGACCAAUGUUCCUAGUCUCUGUGGGACCGAUCACACUGAGAGGAGAGGCCGCAUCUACAUCUCUGCCCAGAUCAGGGAGGACAAACUCACUGUCACUAUCAAAGAGGCUAGGAACCUUGUGCCUAUGGACCCCAAUGGCCUGUCAGACCCCUACGUCAAGCUGAAGCUGAUCCCUGACCCCAAGAGUGAGAGCAAGCAGAAGACCAAGACCAUCAAAUGUUGCCUCAACCCCACCUGGAACGAGACCUUCACUUUCAACUUAAAAGAAACUGACAAAGACCGCCGCCUGUCAGUGGAGAUCUGGGACUGGGACCUGACCAGCAGAAACGACUUCAUGGGCUCCCUCUCCUUUGGCAUCUCGGAGUUACAGAAACAAGGGAUAGAUGGAUGGUAUAAACUGCUCUCUCAGGAGGAGGGAGAGUAUUUCAAUGUUCCCGUUCAGCCCGAUGGAGAAGAUGGCAAUGAGGAACUACGACAGAGAUUUGAGAGGGCGAGGGUGGGUCCAGGGAAACCCAGCGACCCUUCCUCUUCCUCCUCCUCUUCCACCAUGGGUAAGUAUGACAGCAAUGGAAACCAGGACCGCGUCAAGCAUUCUGACUUCAACUUCAUCAUGGUGCUGGGCAAGGGCAGUUUUGGCAAGGUGAUGCUGGCUGAACGUAAGGGGGCUGAGGAGCUGUACGCCAUAAAGAUCUUGAAGAAAGAUGUGGUGAUCCAGGAUGAUGAUGUGGAGUGCACCAUGGUGGAGAAGAGAGUGCUCGCUCUAUCAGGGAAGCCGCCCUUCCUCACUCAGCUACACUCCUGCUUCCAGACCAUGGACCGAUUGUAUUUCGUGAUGGAGUAUAUUAAUGGAGGAGACCUCAUGUACCAGAUCCAACAGGUCGGCAAGUUCAAGGAGCCUCAUGCUGUUUUCUACGCAGCAGAGAUUGCCAUCGGACUCUUCUUCCUACACUCCAAAGGCAUUGUCUACCGAGAUCUGAAGCUAGACAACGUGAUGCUGGAUUCUGAGGGUCAUAUAAAGAUCGCUGACUUUGGCAUGUGCAAAGAAAACAUGCGCGAUGGAGUUACCACCAAAACAUUUUGCGGGACACCAGACUACAUUGCCCCAGAGAUCAUAGCCUACCAACCUUAUGGAAAGUCUGUGGACUGGUGGGCCUAUGGAGUGCUGCUGUAUGAGAUGCUGGCAGGACAGCCACCAUUUGAUGGGGAGGAUGAAGACGAACUGUUCCAGUCUAUAAUGGAGCAUCAUGUCUCCUACCCCAAAGCAAUGUCCAAAGAGGCCGUUGCUAUCUGCAAGGGGCUGAUGACUAAGCACCCUGGUAAACGUUUAGGCUGUGGUCCGGAGGGUGAGAGAGACAUCAAGGAACAUGCCUUCUUCCGCUAUAUAGAUUGGGAAAAACUGGAGAACAAAGAGGUGCAACCUCCUUUCAAACCUAAAGCUUGUGGGCGUAAUGCGGAGAACUUUGAUCGUUUUUUCACACGCCACCCCCCAGUGCUGACCCCCCCAGACCAGGAGCUUAUAGCCAACCUGGACCAGGAAGAAUUCCAAGGCUUCUCAUUUGUUAACCUUGAGUACCCUCACACGACUCACUGACCAUGCCAAAUCUUCACAGUGCUGCUCUAAUAACAACAACCACCACCACCGCACCCCCACCCGUUCCAGCCCCCAGACUCAUCAUGAUGUCACGUUUGGCAGUAGGACAUUUCCAAACAUUGCUCAGAUAGAAAUGCAGACAGCGGUCUAUAAAACUCAUCUGGAAUGAUAAACAUAAAAAAUAAAUGAAAAGCAAACAUUUACUCAUUUGUUAAGUCGCUCUAAGCAGACUGAGGUCCGUGUUCACCUGAGACUAGGGUUUCAGUUUUUUGUUGGCUGUGGGUGAGCAUGUGAGAAGGGUGCUGUUGUUGUGAUAGUGCAGACCUCAUAUCAGCUUCCCUGGCGGCACUCCCUCCCGAAUGCGACCCUGCUGCUCACACAAGCAGGUGCAGGUAGGCCCUGAGGUGCUAAUAUGGAGUCACUUCUUUGUCCCCUAUUUCAAUUGGGCCAGCCAGGGCGCAUGAACCAGUCUGACCUCAGGGACAACCUGUACCUGCUCUGACACAGUGUCUCAGUUCAUAUAUUGAUCAUGAAUACCUAUCAGUAAUAUUCAAAAGUGUACUUUGACCACAUAUCUGCGCAAGUCACACAGUGUAAGUGUGCGAUAAUAUAUAUAAGGGGGAGGGGGGGGACUGACCAACCGCAUCACUAUGAUUGUAUGAGUACUAAUUAAUUUCCUCAUGUUGAUGUCCUACUUUUAUCCGUAUGACCAAAUCCCGCUCAACUGAACGUUCCUCUGACUCACCGCUGUGGAGUUGUCAGGAUGUUUUGCAGCUGAAAGCCCGUAACACCUCCCAGUGCAUUGCUGGAAGUAUUCACUGUAUUACUCUGUGUUGUUAUAGUGGUUUUGGGGUUAAACUGUGGGUAAGUAUCUGAAAAUUUGAGGCAAUGGAAGAAAAAAAAAGUGACGGGCAUGCAACAACUCUAGUUAUUUAUACAUGGCCGAGCCCUAGAACUAAUGGGAUGUUUACAAGCUUACGGAGACAGUAUGUCCAACGGUGCCAAAAACAGGGUUCAGGGUUUUUGGGAUGUGGAAAGGAAAAAGCGUCGUCCUUCACUAUGACUGUGGUGAGGGGCAGCCAUCUAGUGCCAUUUGAAUUAUGCAGUCUAGUUUAUUUUCAGAUAAUAAAAAAAAAACCAAAAAAAAACAAUAGAAUACUGUUUUGUGUUAUCCGAAAACAAACUAGGCUGCAUAAUUCGAAUGAAGCCUAGUUUGUUUUCGGAUACCACAAACUAGACUGCAUUUGAAUUAUGCAGCCUAGUUUGAAUACCUGGUAAGUCAAUUACCUCGGAAGUUAAAGUCUUGAAGUACAUGAGGUGAAUAGUGUAAAAGAAUGUGCAUUUUGUUGCCAGUAAAGUGACUUGUCGUUUUUGUAACUGGAACAAUGUGUCAAAUCACGUUCUCUGAGCUUGUAUCAAAUGUAGGUGGUACACUCACAUGACAGUGAGAGAGAGAAAUAGCAUCACUGCUUCUCUCUUUCUACAAUGACAUUUUACCAUAAAGAUUAAACGGGGAAACGGGCGAAAGAAAGUGAGUGAUUAUUGUGAUGACGAUGGAUGUAAAAGUGAUACUGGAAGUGGUUUGUGAUAUUGGAAUGAUAAAAAAAAAAAAUAACAGCACGAGAGAAAGUGAUAUCCAUAUCAAAUCCAGUGAAAUAAUAUCAGUGAUGUUCAGAGAGAGAUUACAUGGAUGAGAGAGCGAGAGAUUGUCAACUGUGGUGGACUGUGUAAUUGUCCUGUACGACUGGAAACCUACAAUAUACUCACUGGUGCCU